AGUAAUGAUAACACUAAAGGGAAGUAAGUAUAGGAUCACAGAGUCAUGAGAUAUGAAAAGUAAUCAAUGAAGAAAUUAAGACAAAAAUGCAAUUAAGACGAAGUGCAAAUAUCUAUUAAAUUUGAUUUCAAAGAGUAUGAGGAAUUGUUGAUACCAAGGUUUGGAGAUAAAAAGAUUCAUUAUUUUGAGAUAGUGAAAGUAGGAUUAAAAUUAACAGGGCGGCGAGAUCACUAAAUAAUAUUGAAUUUGCUAGUAUACAAGUAAAUAGAUUAGAGUUUCUGUGGUAUGAUGAAAUUGUCAUAUUUAGAUGAGAGUGUAUAUUAAAGAGCAUGCAGAGCUUUAUUAAAAUUGAGUUUUAUAAUUAUUUAACGAAUGCAAUAUAGAGUUUAAUUGUAGUAGAUUAAUUAGAAUACUAAUGUUAUUCCAAUCUCGAUUAUGCAACCCCUGAAGAGUUUGAGUAAGUAUUUUAAAAAGGAUAAGUGUACUUAAAUGUAAAGGUCCUGCACAUCCUUAUCUCCGAAACAGAACAUCACACGAAAGAAUUCUAAUUAAGUGGAGAAUCAGCUCUUGAAUAUUGUAAAUAGUAAUGAGAAUAGAUCGGUUCCAAAAAAAGAGCAUAAAUGGACCUGUCCGUCAAAAAGUACCAAAGGGUAGAAGUUCCUCAAUAGUGAUGAAUAAUUUGAGUUAGGAGGAUUGGAAAUCCAAAUAUCUGGAAUUGAAUCGGCGAAUGACUUCCUUAGAAUUAGAAUUAGAAAGGAUUUAUGCCAUUGAG